AUGGCGGCAGAACCCACGCCAGACCAGUCCGUCGAAGCUACUGCGACUGCUGCUGCUCAACCUCCAGAAGAUGCCACUCACGACGUUGACGCCGUCUCGCGAGACGCCCGCCCCGCGCCCGAGAACGAGUUGAACGGCGAGUCCCCCGCUAACGUCGCCGUGGACAAGUUGGUCAACGACAUCGUCGAUGAGGUGGUCAAUUCGGCCGAGGUCAGCGUCAGUGGGGGAUCCGACACCGAAGCCUCCAAGUCAAGGCAUGACGACAAGGGCCAUGUCAGAUCCUCCUCGGUCAAAAAGCCCACGUCGUUCAAGUCGGUCCCUAUCAACAAGAGUUUUCAGGCCAAGCUCGCCUCGAGUAGUGCCGCGGUCAAAGCACCAGAGAAGACUACUUCGACUGCGUCGUCGACCGCAGGCCCUCCAAGCACAUCAUCCACGCCCAAGCCGAGAUUGGUUGCCAAGACCACAGGAACUCUGCGUGAUGCCUCAAAGUCAUCGCUUGCCCAAAAUGGCCGACCCGCACCAGAUGGAAAUGCUGUAUGGAACAAGAAUCGACCCCCUCCGACUCCCGACCUUAAGAAGAUGACGGACGAGGAGCUGUUGAAGCUUGGGAUACACGUAGCUAACAGACUACAACCUGACGUGGCAAAGGGCCAGGCCGCUUGGGCCGAUAUUGAUGAAAGCGAUGACGAAUGGGAUGCACCAGAGACGAUCACUUGGACCGAUGGCACCAAGACGACAAUUCCUCAUGCAGACGAUCCCACGAACGCGCCUGAGCCAACUCCACCCGUGUCUGCGCCAGCGCCAGCGCCAGCGCCUGUACCUGUCCUUGCGCCCGCGGCCAGGGAAAACAAACCUCUAGACAAACCACGGUCGCCAGCUCCGCCAACAGGUUCCCCCUCAGUGAAGCCUAGUUUACCGUCGGGCAAGGGAUUGAUUCUCAAGGGCGCACCAGAGAAGCCUACACUUGUUGCAAAACCCCCGGCGCCCCCAACUCCGGUGAAGAGUCCAUGGGCUGCGCUUCCACCCGUUCAGAAGGCUUCGCCCAUGGAAGUGUCUGGUGAUCAACCGCAGCGAGGCUUCCCACCACCCGGAUCAGCCUACGGUUUGAAGGGCGUGACGCCGCCUGCCGCAAGAGAAAUUGCUGCCGAUGACUUCAGUCGAUCACCGCGACGGGAUCACCGGGAGCUCUACAAUUCUCACUCAGGUCGUUACGAGCCUGUCGCCGAUCGCCGGGGUAUGCCAGCAAGGCCAGAGUACCAGCCGCGACAACCGGCCCUUCUUCAGCGAUCCUCGCAUGGGGAGUCACAGGGUCCAGCAGAACCCUCGGCUGCGUUCCAAACAUCCCACACCAGCGGCGGCUAUGGUAGAAGGCGUGGCUCUUCCAACGUCAGUGGCGGAAGCGGCAGCUUCCAGAGGUUGGGCAGGCCUUACGAGCAGGGUCUACCACCUGCAGAAUUGCUAGACCCUCGGCGAGGCUCUUUCACCGGGACCAGUGACCACCCUGCGUCUCCACGCAACUUUUCGCCCUCUGGUCAUCAUGGAGGACCGCGACAGCCCAGUGCUUCGCCAUGGCAGAACCGAGUCUCGCCGGCAUUCUCGCAUACAGCACCGCAAGUCCCAGGCAGCGGCGAGAUGCAGACAGUGCCCCCAGCGGCCCCUGUGGUUGACGAUGUUGAGUUUCAGAAGAAACUGAUGAAGGAACGCCGAGAGGAAGCGAUCAGAAGGCGGCAGGAAGAAGAGGCUAGGGAGGAGGCUGCGAAGCAAGAGCGCCUGCGCAAGAAGUUGGAGGCAUUGGGCCCGGCUCCAGAGCGAAAGAGCGAGAAGAAGGAGGCUCCUAAAGAGCUAGCAGCAACGGACCAAUUGAGCGAGGCCCCACACCAAGCUCCAUCGCCGCUGGAGUCGAAGGAAACCAAGCCAACUACAACACUACCUAACCAACUGGCCAAGAGCAGCCAGGACUCACUUCCCAACGGUGUUGAUCAGGACGGUCAAACUCAAACGAAGGCUGCAGCCGCUGCUGAGCAGCCCCCUGCGCCAGAGAACAAGCAUGCGCACCCUUGGAAUCCUCGGGUACAGACUCAGAACCAGCCCGAUCGACUCACAUGGAAUGCAGGCAGUCAGGCAUCCAAAAAUGUCUGGGGUCCUCCGACCAGCGACCGCUCUCUUGGAAAUGGAACUUUCACCUCGGUACCGACCCAGCCGUCGCAGUUGGCCCAGAUGCGCAGUGGUCGACCCGGACCUGGCCCAAUAGCUCCGCCAAGCUCCAAACCUGGGCUGCCCUCACAGCCGGAUCCGAUCGGCCCCCCACGGGCACAAGGUCAUGAUGAUAAUGCUCAGAGAAGGAAUAGAUGGACGUCUGCUGUGCUGGCGUCGGACGAAGACACUCGACUGCAACGCCAGAAACAGCAGCGCGACCUGGAGCAGGACAUGAAAGCUCGAGGAUUGGACUACUCUGACCUGGCUGCCCCCAUCAACGAGGCGUGGACCUCUACCAAAGAAGAUGACCAGGGACAGCGAGUGCGUGACUCGAUGCAAUGGGUUUUACGCGGCAAAAAUGCACAGAACACCGCUGGGGCUGGCGACUUGAGCCAACAAGACUCUGCGGCACGCUUCGUGCCUCCACCUGUUAGCCAAAACAGUGCUACGGCUCCUGGUUCCCAGCGAUCAAGGUUCUUCCCACCCAACCGGGAUGUGGACCAGGCAGCCCCGCUCGCCCCGGAGACUGGCAGAUCUCACUCUCCUUCUCCUCCGCCUCCUGACAUGGCCGGUCAUCCUGCUUUUGACGGCGACAUGGCACACCCCCAUGUGUCGCUGCCUCCGACUAGGCCUAUAGUGAAGUUGCCGCCUGCAGCGCCCUCCGGUCUCGCGACGUCCCAGCGCCCCGGUCAGUCCAGCUCUACGCGGUCUGCAUCCACUUCCCAGCCUCAUUCCUCACGGCCCUUCAGCUCUUCAGGAGCAGCUUCCAAUCACACUGCACCAAACUUUUGGCAAGACCGGAUCAAAAAUCUUUUGGCAGACAACUCAUCGAACCCGUCGAGCGUGGACUCGUCGAGCAGAACCAGUCUGGCGCAACCUAACCACCGUGCGGCAGCCACUGUCUCAUUGCCAACCAUCUUCGCCCCAAGCUCAACCAUCGAUGAUGGCUCGUUUGCCACCAAGAUAAUGGAUGAAGAUUGCUUCGAGGAGCAGGAGAUGGGGUCACUUCCGCCUGUCCAUCUUCCGACGCAGGUCCCAGAGGCGGCUUGGGAGCCCGCCAAGGCGCCACCCCGGCAAGAUCGGAGGCUCAAGGAAGCACUCACCACCAGUGCUGAGGCACUGAUUUUCCAUCCGGAGGGAAGAAGCUAUGUCAUUCUCUUGCCUAGCAUGCCAGGGCGCAAAAUGGUUGCCAUGGCCGCUUCAUCUGUGAACAACCCUCAAGGCCGGCGGCCUCAACGCGCUUCGCGAUAUUCCUCUUCGUAUCGUGGCGGCAACCGAAAUCGGGACUCGUCAGAGCAGGGCGCCCCUUCAGGAUCGAACUUUAACCGAGGUGGCCGUGGUUCAUACCGUGGCAGAUCCGAGUGGAACCGUGCUGCAGCAACACCCAUUCAAACCCAGUAA